UUUUGUUUCGCUUCAUCUGAUAGUUGGACACAAAAAUCUUAUUGCAGAAUAAACUGGCCAGUGCAAUGCGUCCCCCUUAUCACCACCUCAGUUCUCCAGUUCUCCGCAGAGCCAACAGCUUCCUAGUAAACACAGCGGUGUGAACAAAUUCCUUAACUGGGCGAUCUCAAGGAAGGGGUCUCCGGAGAAAGCCACCUAACACCCAUCCCCACCCCUGCCUCUCCAUUUCCAAGUUACACUUAUGACACUUUUGGCGCUCAACCUUCUUUUUUUUCUCAGCAAACCUUGCACUGCCUCAUCAACAGUAUCUGACUGUGCAGCCCUCUAAGGGGAACGUUUAAUUAUUGCAUCUAUAAAAUGAAGCAGUUUUCUUGAGCAAUCAAUAUGCAAGACUGUUCUGAUCCAGCUGUGUGAGUCUCACAAGCAUUUAAGUUCAUCUUUAUUUUUUAUUUUAAAUUUUUGAGUCGUGUUAAAGUUGUUUGAGCAAUUUGUUGUCAAAAACCUCAAAAAAAGAGACGGAUACUGCAAUAGACUUUUUGUCUUUGUCAGAAUUGAUUGACACUGUUGACAGCACAAACGGACGAACUAGACGUAAUUCCUCUGAGUCUUGUUGGACGUGCUUGUCUCUCGCUGUAAUAAAAACUUUCAGUGCCUGUUAUUCUUUCACAAAGUUUACCCUCGGACAAACUCAGAAUUUCUUAACUCAAGACAUUUUGAUUAUGAUGGAACUGCAACAUGUGACAGUACAGCCAGCCAUGACUGACAGCUCGCACAGAAGUCUCUAGUAAUGCCAUAACGAGCGGUAUGGCUGGACUCAAGUACUGAACAGAGCAAGAAAUCCUCAUGUCCACAUAAAUCAGAUUCAAACUCUCAAAGAAUCAGGCAUACCCAGGAGAGCCCUGAGAUUUCUGUGAAGCUGUCUGCCAAGGUCCUCAGCUAAAACUCUUCUUUUAUUUUACUCAUGCCUGCGCAUGGUGCAAGGAUGCCCCAUAACGCUGCCCGCUGUUCUUGAGAAAAGAGAGAAAGGAGGAGGAGAGAAAGGGUAGGAAAUGACAGAGUGCCUGACAGAAUGCAAAGCGCUGGUGACUCCGUCCACGCGCAACGGCCACCGCGUCUUCAGCUACACGCUAGAAAGCCACACGGCAGCCGCCUUCGCCAUCAUGAACGAGCUGCGUUUGGAGCGUCAGCUCUGCGACGUGACGCUGCGUGUGCGCUACAAAGACCUGGAGGCAGUAGACUUUGUGGCUCACAAGGUGGUGCUGGCCUCUUCCUCCCCGGUCUUCAGGGCCAUGUUCACCAACGGCCUGAAGGAGUGCGGCAUGGAGUUGGUGCCCAUCGAGGGGAUCCACCCCAGGGUGAUGGACAGACUGAUAGAGUUUGCCUACACAGCCAGCAUCUCUGUGGGGGAGAAGUGUGUGAUUCACGUGAUGAACGGCGCGGUCAUGUACCAGAUAGACAGCGUCGUCAAAGCCUGCUGCGACUUCCUGGUCCAGCAGCUUGACCCCAGUAACGCCAUCGGCAUCGCCAAUUUCGCAGAGCAGAUUGGCUGCACGGAGCUCCACCAGAAGGCCCGCGAAUACAUCUACAUGAACUUCAGCCAGGUGGCGACCCAGGAGGAGUUCUUUAACUUGUCCCACUGCCAGCUGGUAACCCUCAUCAGCCGCGAUGAGCUCAAUGUGCGCUGUGAGUCCGAAGUCUUCCAGGCAUGCGUGGCCUGGGUGCGCUACGACCGAGAGAACCGACGACCGUACGUCCAGGCCUUACUCCAGGCUGUCCGCUGCCAUUCCCUUACCCCCAACUUCCUGCAGGCUCAGCUCCAGUCUCUGGACUGGGACCCACAGUGUAAAGACUACCUUGCCCAGAUCUUCCAGGACCUCACCCUCCACAAACCCACCAAAGUCUACUCUUGCCGAACCCCUAAGGUGCCGCAGCUCAUCUACACAGCGGGAGGCUAUUUCCGUCAGUCCCUCAGUUACCUGGAGGCGUACAACCCCUGUACGGGAGCCUGGCUGAGGCUAGCUGACCUGCAGAUACCCCGCAGUGGCCUGGCAGCCUGUGUGAUCAGCGGCCUUUUCUACGCUGUUGGUGGAAGAAACAACGCACCCGAUGGCAACAUGGAUGCGAAUGCAUUGGACUGCUACAAUCCCAUGAACAACUGUUGGCUGCCGUGUGCACCGAUGAGCGUUCCCAGGAACCGAAUCGGAGUUGGUGUCAUCGACGGCAUGAUAUAUGCAGUUGGUGGAUCGCAUGGGUGUAUUCAUCAUAAUAGUGUGGAACGGUAUGAUCCAGAAAGGGACCAGUGGCAGCUGGUGGCUCCCAUGUUGACACGACGUAUCGGUGUGGGUGUAGCGGUCAUCAACCGGCUGCUUUACGCGGUGGGGGGGUUCGACGGGGCCAAUCGGCUCAGUUCCUGUGAGUGCUACAACCCAGAGAGGGACGAGUGGAAGACCAUGGCCUCCAUGAACACAGUGCGCUCUGGAGCUGGUGUGUGCUCUCUGGGGAAUCAAAUCUUUGUGAUGGGUGGCUACGAUGGCACCAACCAACUGAACACAGUGGAGUGCUAUGAUGUGGAAACAGAUACGUGGAGCUUUGCUGCCUCCAUGAGGCACCGACGCCGACGCAGUGCUCUGGGAGUUACUGCAUUACAUGGACGCAUCUAUGUCCUGGGAGGUUACGAUGGCAACACUUUCCUUGACAGCGUGGAGUGUUAUGAACCAGAAAAGGACACAUGGUCAGAGGUUACGCACAUGACGUCUGGGCGGAGCGGCGUUGGUGUGGCCGUUACCAUGGAGCCCUGCCAGAAAGAACUGCCUCAGUGUCAGAAAUCUGAGAGAGAAAGCGGUGUGAUGUCGCAGUCUGCCAAUUCUGGGUUUGGCUCUCACCACAAUCAGCGGCACAGCGGGGCUUUUAGUAAAGGCACAUGAGGUUCACAGCUGGACCCUCCCACUUACACAGGCACACACCUCAACUUACCUUAGUCUUCCCAAAUCGAAACAAAGACGCUGACAACAGAAUAGAAACAGACGAGAGCUGAAACAUAAAAGUGCUGCCUCACUGAUUGUAGAGAUGUGAAUUUAAAAAAAAUAAAAUUUUUGUAAUUCUAAUUUGCAAAUUCUGCAUUGAUACUCUACUAUACGUCUGCAAAAAACUACUUUAAGUAUCAGCAUUAGACCUUCUGAAUCAAGUUUGACCCUCAGAUCUGUCAAUCCAGUUCUCAAGAGCUGGAAUAAAAAUUUUAAGUGGUGAGUUGUGUUCUGCCAGAUCCAACAGACCUCAGUCCGUCUGUGUGUUCAGGUCCAGCAUUCAAAGUUUAACCAUCACCUCCCAGAUCUGACCUAUGGGAUAAAAGGGCUGCCUAUAAAAAAAGGCCCAUUUAUUGGCUCAAAGAGUCAUCAGGGGCUCUUUAUUUAUAUUUAAAGAGCAACGCAAACAAAAGUUAAAUCUGAGGGGAGAAGAAAUAAUUUAAAUUAUCUCAUCAUGUUUUUAAAAAAAAAAUAGACAAAAAGUAGCAUUUGUAAGUAUAGGCAGAAGGGUUCAAAGUGCCAUUACAAUGCCUGUGUGCAUUACUGUCAUCAGUCUAUUGUUUUGAGGUGCUUGUGUUGGAAAUGGACUGUCACUGUGUACUGUGGGAGUUGUUGAGGUGAACCCAGACAGCCAGAUUAAAUUUACUGAAGACAUUGAGCCUCAUGCAAGAACAUUUUUGUAUUCUUAUGUGAAAUUUCUACUACGUUUUUCCGUGAGUGUGUUUCACUCAACAAACAAUGCACAUACUCAUUUUAAACUGCUUGUUUCAUCCUGAUGAAUGCCACGUGUUCAUGAGUAGGUGGUGUGUUCCUGAUUUUUAAUCGUUGCAUCCAAAUUUCCAUAUGAGGCUACAUGUUCCGCUCCGUUUUUGGAGAUGUUUCCGUCACACUAUUGCGCUUACAGUUGGGCUGUCAGAAAUCAGCGAAUUGGUUACAAAUUGUGUUGGUAGUUGCAUCAGGAUUCUAGAAAAACAUAGAAAACAAUAAACUAAAGCUGUUAGUGCUGAGUCAUUGCAGAGCCAUGCUAGGACCGAAAUAAAGAAGAAAUGGUUUGAUAUGGAAUUACUAUUGAAAAUGCAUGACUAAAAUGAGAAUAUAUUUGAUUUCAUACAGUAAAUGGCCACAUUGUCUGGUCUUAUAACAGACCCUGAGGCAGCAGCUGUGAUGUGAGGACUGAGACAGUUUUUCAAGCAACCACUGAAUUGUUGUAGUUGUCAUGCCAAAAUAUGCUAGUAAAAUCUUAAGCAAAGACAACUUUAACAAAACCUCUCAGUAAACUGGCAAACCAGAAUGUGGAUCACACAGAUACGGCAAACAGGAUAUUAUUUUGCAUUUAGUUGCAUUUCCAAAUUCCAAACCUCUCCUUAAUUUUGUUCCUACUUAAGUGUAAGAAAACUUCUGACUUCAAUAAAUAUCUUCAUACGAAUGCUUCUUGCAUGAGGCUCAAUGUCUGAAAUGUGAGUUCAGGUUUAAGAGAAACAGGACCUGCAUAGUAACAAAUGUGUCCUAAGCCUCUGGUAGGUUCAUAAAAUGUGGAUUUUUGUGGAGAAUGUUUUGGCAUGUUGAGCAUUGCCUCCUGUUCAGCUGUCAGAGAGUCCGGUCCAUUAUAAUGAGCAUGUGGAGUGCCAAGAGAAUGAAGAAACAGCUUGUGACUGGGUUUAGAGGAAACAGAAUACUGUAGCAUUUUUUAAAAACUUGGAUUCAAACAUCUCACUGAAUGUGUUUUAUAAAAAACACUAAUUACUGACACAAUGGAGAACCUCCACCUGCAGUCGACUUUUGGGUUUCACAUCCACCAGACCUCAGAAACAGAAGUGACCAUGUUUGUGUAUGCUAAUGACGAAAAUUGCUUAAAGAAGUGUAUUUGUAACAGCAAUUUAAGCUACAAAGGUUUUUAAGUGAUGUUUUUGUACAUUGAUAUUCUAAGAAAUCUUGUACAGAAUUUAAGAGCUCACUUUUUUAUUUAUUUGUUCAAAUCCUUUGGUUUCUUGUUCCUCUAAACUGACAUCAGCUUUGUAUUGAAUUGGACUCUGGUGUUGUGUUUUAAAUAACUAGCAUGCAUUGUAACUAAGUAGAAAUGCCUGUUAAUGCUAAUUUUGGAUGUCUGUAAAAAUUUGCUUCACUUCGAAAGGGAUUUUUUCUUUUUCUGUCAGUAGUUGGAAUGGAAAUAGAUUAUUUAAAGUCUGCUUUGUAAAUGUUUUUCCAGCAAAAUACCCUGUACAAUAAUACAUUGUAAAGUAAAAUAUAUGUUUAUUGUACUGCUCUAGUCAUGUAAUGAUUUUCAGUUGUUAG